AUGCUACACCUCGUGGCAGCACACCUCCGAGGGUCUCCCUCCCGCAUGAAGAACCUACUCACAUCCCGCACGAAACGUUCGUACGAAAUACGACCCGCGCGUAAGUCGCCCCUGUGUAAACAAUUCUCGACUGAAAUCAAGCACCCCUCCCCAGACAAUGUCCUACCAGAAAACGCCGUAACAUAUGAUACCCCCAAUUUCCACUUCAUCAUUUAUGGCAUAUUGCAUGGACAGAUAAAUGAAAAAAGGUGUAGCGGAAAGGACGCAUCGGAAUUUUUGAGCAAAGUAAAACCGCAUUAUGUUCUGCUAGAACUGUGUCAACAAAGACUAAGCAACAUAAUGGAAAUCCUGUCGAACCAAGAAAAAAAAAAAAAAUACGAUAAUAAUUAUAGCAAAUUUACGUACCUGCCAAGAAUACAUAAUGGCUUUUUACAAAAUGAAUUUUUACCCAUCAUUCAAAACUCCAUAAAAAAUAAGUGGAAAAUAUUUCCCCUCGAUAGAAAUAUGAACACCGUUAGAAAUCGACUCGAUUCUAGACUCCUCUAUGAUACAAGUGCUUACAGAAAAUUCUUCACGUACUGCGUUGAAUCCAUAUCGCUCAGGCACUACUCCUUUGAGGAGUUUACGAAACUGUACAAACAGUAUGACUCGUCGAGCGCAACUCAGAAAGGCCCCCUUUGCCCUGGUACACCAGCAGAAGGCACCAGGGACACUCCCACGGAAGGUGCCCAUGAAGGGGAACUUGGCAUGGAUACAUACAAUGAACACAAGGUGCGUGGCAAGUUCGCAUCGGAGUCAGCAGAAGAGGGUGGGAUCGAACAGGGUCGUAUCUCUACGCCGCAAAAUGACGACCAACAGGGCGAAAGGGAAAUUUGGAAAAAACUACACAUGCUCCACACGCUGAACGAAAGACUGAAAGAUCUCUCCAAGCCGACUUACGACAUACUCGUGGAAGAAAAAUGUAAAUACAUGGCGAACAACAUCUGGUGUUUCCUCCUCAAUAAUGAAGAAAAUUUCUUCGAAAACACCACCGUAAAGAAGACCAUUUGUGUCCUCUGCAGUGCCAAUAUAGUACAUAAAUUGGUUCAGGAGAUGGACAGUGCAUACAUGACUCUAUGUAAAAGAUAUGAAUCUAAUAUAAGUAACAACAGUACGGAGCGUCUGGUAUUUGAAAAUCCCUAUACCUCGUAUGGCACGUAUGUAAAUCCACACUGGCCCCUCAUUCUUAUCAAAUACUAUUUCAUUCCUUCCAUCAUUUUAUAUGCUACACUGAACACGUUUUAUACGCUCACUGCAUGGAUUUACAAUUCUAAUUUCCAGAGAAAUUCUUCGCCUUCGCAUAAAAUCAUAGACAUAGAGGUGUAA